AUGGUACAAGGAAAGAAACCCAACGACAUGCUUAACGGUGGUGCCAAGUAUAGAGAUCAGCAGCCGAACAUGUCUUUCCAAAGAAAGGACCAGGCUGGAGCGUCUACAGGAAAGAAUGACGGUACUGCUAGCCCUUUCCGUACCGACAGUGCCAUAUCUGCUGGAAGAAAUCAAGGCGAACGGACACUACAGAGAUGGGUACCAGAUACCCCAGAAGAGAUUGAUGGCUCUUUAGAGUCGAGCCGGACGAAAUCCUCUGCUGGAGCUUGGGAUCAGUUCGCAGAGAACGAACGACGUUUCGGACUCACGACUGAUUACGACGAGAACAUAUAUACCACAACCAUUGAUAAGAGCCACCCCCAGUACAAGCAACGAUUGGCAGAAGCAGAUAAGAAGGCGAGGGAGAUUGAACGCAGCGCAACCAAUAACGCCCAUGUUGCAGAGGAGCGCAUUACAGACAACAUAAGUACAAAUGACCACGUUGAUGAAGAAGACAAAUACAGUGGUGUCCGUAGACAAGAUUUCCCUCCCCUUACAUCCUCCAACAACAAAUACACACCUCCCGCUCGACGCGCACCAACAGGACAGUCAACCGUUAGCGGAGCACCGGUCGAUCCUGCGAUUAUAUCCUCACAACUGGCUCGUCCUGAGAAGCCGGCUGCGGAGAAGAACAAGGCUGCUGCAACAAAGACAUCUAAAGCAGAGCCCACCACGCCAGCAACUGCAACCGAAUCGAGCUCAGCAGCUACACCAGAACCAAAAGCCACUGUCUCUAACCCACCCACUUCCAGCAGCCGCACGGCUUCUCCACAAGUCAGACCUGAAGGUGUUCCCAACGCUACUGCUACAGUUGAGCGAGACGUUGCCAGCGCAUUCAAAGGAUUUGCGGCUCAACAGAGAAGGAAUGUUGAUCAGAUCCGUUCAGCCAAAGCCAAGAAUGACAAGGAGAUCAAAUUGAACGACCUGAAGAAAUUUGCCGACAGCUUCAAACUUCAUACUCCCGUCCCAUCAGAUCUCGUAUCCAUAAUUGCGAAAGACCCAGCAAAGCAGAAGGAGAUACAAGAGAAGGCUAAGCGCAAUGCUGAGGAGGCUAAGGCGAAUCCAUCUGAAGCCGCCAAACCUGCUGCGUCCUCCUCGGAUGCCAAGUCAGCUCAGCGCCCCAUCCCAGUGACCCAUGGAACUUCUCCCUCGAACGUUCCUACUCGCCAGAGCAAUAAUCGCAAUCCUGGCUUCCAAGGACCGUACAACGCUCAAAGCUACCGAGGCGACCGAACAGCUCAAUCUCAACCACCGAUACCUGUUCAACAAUUAAGGCAACCUGGGAACUUGACCUCACGAUUGAGAAAUCUCGAACAAAAUAAGCAAAACCAGUUGCCGUUGAAUGCUAUCCCCGUGCACGAGUCGAGACCUCCUCCAACAGGGCCUUCGAACACCCUCGAUCCCAACUUCUCACGUCGCUCAAGCGGCAUAGCAAGCGCCCAGGGAGGCCGAUUGAAUCCCAACAGCAGCGAGUUCAGACCAAGCCCACAUGCCCCAACAUUCAACCCGAAUGGUAAUCCUAGCACAGGGUCCAGUCCUCGAUCGGCUGCCACUCUGGUUGAGCAACAGCCUACGCCUCCCGUCUCACGCUCACUCUUAAAACGCAAACCGGUUGCGGAAUCUGAGCGACCUUCCAUCGAAGCUAAAUUUGAUGCUCUAAAUCAUAUCAAGACUAUAAAGCCAGGACCAGAGAAGGAUUGGAAGGCGACUGGUGGUUUGAAACCAGCCUAUGAUACACCACCAACGUGGAGGCAGCUCGCAAAUGAUGAGAAGCCUGAGUCAACCAUGCACCUCACCUACACUAAACUCUUCGAAAUGACACCCUUCCCAGCUCAGACUAUGUCGCCGACCAACCCGUCACACGUAGGCCCCCAGGUUCCGCAUCAACAUCAGUUACCUUUCCAUCUACAACAAGGCGUACAUAACAUGGCGUCCAGACAGUCCCCCCGUCAGCCACCAAUGAAUAUCCACGGCAACCACCACGGUCACGGACCAAACCCACCUUUCAACGGCUCCGAUGAUCACCGAAUGAUGCCAUCCCAUUCGGCACAGUCGUUUGCAUCGCCACGCCUCCAUAAUGUUCCAAUGGCAUUCCCCUCGCCCAUGAAUCCUCCUGCUCAGUUAGCGUACAAUCCGCAAAUGAUGCCAUAUCCAGGAGCACCACCCAUGCCACAGUACCGUUCGUUCUCCCAGAGUCAUCAAUUUAUACCGCAGCAAACCCAUAUGGGACCAGCGAUCAUGAUGCAGAAUCCCGCUAACGGAUUCAUGGCCCAGGGAAUGGCUCCAGGUCCUCAGAUGAUGUAUCCACAGGGAGGACAAGGUCACUUCAUGCCACCUAGCAACGGACACCCCUCAGCUAUGCCAGGUGCCAAUGGCUACCCAAGCCCAGGAAGAGGCGCCCCGAUGAUGAUGAGCCAGGGAUCGCAGCAGGGACAUCAGCAGCCCAUGUAUGGCAUGAAUCCCGGCAUGAGCCCAGGCCCGCAAUACGGGAGCGUGACGCCAAUUUUUGCUCAACAGCCCCCAGGACAAAUGCCCAUGAGAGGGUAUGGCGGCCCAAACCAAUUCGGAACGAGUCCUCAGCAAAUGCAUCAAUUCGGACAGCAACAGCAUCGAAACAAUCACCCAAAUGGCAACUACAACAAUAACAAGAAUUUCCAGCCGCACGGCCAGCAUCCAAACGGACCGCCAAACAACCAGAUUCCUCCCGGCUCUCAGGCGCGAGCUCCGGAAGGUAGCGACGAGACCAAAUGA